UUCCCAGGACUGCCGUUCUAUGUGCACCAGCUUCUCUUCCUUCUCAGCUUUAGUGUUCAGCUAUUGGUUUCCUCAUCCAUGGCUCGCUUCCUAGGCUUUCUUUCUUUCUUUUUGCUUGCAGUUGGAGCAUGUCGUGCUGCUUUGCCUGCAGAUCUCUACUGGAACUCAGUCUUGCCCAACACUCCCAUGCCAAGUGCCAUCAGCGAUGCGAUACGUCCUGAUGUGAUGGCUAAUAUGAAGACCGCUGCUACAGAGGCCCAAGUCCAAGAAGACCCUGCGGCCGCGCUCUUCUUCAUAGAGAAGGACUUGCGCCCCGGAGCCAGGAUGACGUUGCACUUCACCCGAACCACCUCGGCCGCCACCUUUCUUCCUCGCAAAGCAGCUGACUCCAUCCCUUUCUCCUCCGCCAAGCUCCCGGCGGUCCUUGCCCGCCUCUCCAUCGAUCCCAACUCCAACAAAGCCCAGGCGAUGAAGAAGACCCUCCACGAGUGCGAGGAGCCGGCCAUCGACGGAGAGACCAAGCUUUGCGCCACCUCCCUCGAGUCCAUGGUGGAAUUCAGCACGUCGAGCCUCGGGACUCGCGAAGUCCGGGCCCUGUCGACGACGGUGGAGAAGGAGAGCACACCGAAGCAGGAGUACACCGUCGCCAGCGUACAGAAGGUGGCCGGGCCUACUCUGGUGGCCUGCCAUGCCGAGAACUAUGAGUAUGCCGUGUUCCUCUGCCACACCACCGACGCUCGGGCAUACACGGUGUCGAUGGUGGGGAGGGACGGGACGAAGGUGGAGGCGGUGGCCGCAUGCCAUGCCGAUGCUGCAGCGCUCAGCCCGAAGGCCUUCGAGGUGCUCAAGGUGAAGCCCGGCACUGUUCCGGUCUGCCACUUCCUGCCCCAGAAUGACCUCGUCUGGGGCCCCAACAAGUAGAGAAUGGAUUCCUUUGGGUCGAUGGAGCUUUGGUGGCCUGCACAAAGCUUCUGCCGUGUAUAUCCAUGGCUGGCCUAGUCUACUCCAGUAUUGUCCGUGCGUGCUUUGUCUAGCUAGUGUAAUAUAAUGGGGCCGCUGUCCAGGUAGGGGUGCCUUCCCGAUGAUGUGCUGAUGUAAGCCCCUAAAAAUAAACCACUCUAUCCUCUCAUAAAUCUCGUGCUUGCCCAGCUACUGUUUUUAUUUUGAGAA